AACUUCUCCACAACAAAAGCUGAUCAUUGUGGAAGGGUGUCAACGACAGGGUGCCAUUGUAGCCGUAACCGGUGAUGGUGUCAAUGAUUCUCCUGCUCUAAAGAAGGCUGACAUUGGUGUGGCUAUGGGUAUUGCUGGAUCUGAUGUUUCCAAACAGGCUGCUGACAUGAUCCUUCUGGACGACAACUUUGCCUCAAUUGUCACUGGAGUUGAAGAAGGACGUCUGAUCUUUGACAACUUGAAAAAGUCCAUUGCCUACACUCUGACCAGUAACAUCCCUGAGAUCUCACCCUUCCUUUUGUUCAUCAUUGCUAAUAUUCCUCUACCUUUGGGUACCGUCACCAUUCUCUGUAUUGACCUGGGGACUGACAUGGUUCCUGCUAUCUCAUUGGCCUAUGAAAUUGCUGAAAGUGAUAUCAUGAAGAGACAACCCAGAAACGCUAAAACAGAUAAAUUGGUGAAUGAGAGGCUAAUCAGUAUGGCCUACGGUCAAAUUGGUAUGAUGCAAGCAGUUGCAGGGUUCUUUGCCUACUUUGUGAUUCUUGCCGAGAACGGAUUCCUGCCCUCCGAUUUAAUAGGAAUUCGAGUCAACUGGGAUGAUAAAUAUCUCAAUGACUUGGAAGAUAGCUAUGGCCAGCAAUGGACAUAUGAGCGCAGAAAGAUUGUGGAGUUCACAUGCCACACAUCAUUCUUCGCCAGUAUUGUGAUUGUGCAGUGGGCCGAUCUGAUCAUCUGCAAGACCAGAAGGAAUUCCAUUGUACAGCAGGGAAUGAGAAACAAAAUCCUCAUCUUUGGUCUGUUUGAAGAAACUGCUCUGGCAGCUUUCUUGUCCUACUGCCCAGGCAUGGACAUUGCUUUGAGAAUGUAUCCUCUCAAACCAUCUUGGUGGUUCUGUGCCUUCCCAUACUCACUGCUCAUCUUCGUCUAUGAUGAAGUUAGAAGAUACAUCCUUAGGCGGAGCCCAGGAGGCUGGGUGGAACAAGAAACAUACUACUGAGACAAGAAAACUUUCUGUUGCAAACAUAUGCAAGAAGACAUUCUUUUUGAUAUUUUCAAAAUGAUACAGAAUCUGGUCAUUUUCAAUCAAUA